CAUGCGACGCUGUCUCUGCACCUACGUAGUCAUGUUUUAAGGGUCAUCAUUCCCCUUUGUUUGUUCGCCUCGUGGCAAUCCUGACCCCAAAGUUUUCCGCAUGCGGUGCUUUAAAACAGUGCCAAUGUUUUGCGUGAUUUUCUAUGUGUAGGUAUUACUGCCUUCGCUGAGACACAAUUCACGGUCCACGACAAGGUCGACAAGGACGAAUAGGUAGAGGAAAUGGCAGAUGCUUCAGUCGGCGCGGAUCACGAUGACGAAAACGCAACACCAUAUUCGGCGGCUUCAAGCCAGACCGUCUCAGUCGCUCAAAACGUAUCGAUGGUAUCGUGGGGUAGCGGCAGCGCACCAUCGUUGCCCUCGGUAGACAAUGAUUCGCAAGCAGAUACUCAUUCCAUAUCUGAGAGUGUAAGAUCCUCGACCGUCUCUCUUGACUCGAGCCUUUAUCACUUCGUACAGGAAAAUGGCCGAACCUAUCAUCGGUAUAAAGAAGGAAGAUACUUCCUACCAAAUGAUACUGCAGAACAGGAACGACUAGACCUCCAGCAUCAGCUAUUCACCAUAGCCAUCGGGAACAAGCUCAACAUUGCGCCAAUACCAGACAAUCCUCAACGAGUUUUAGAUAUUGCGACAGGAACUGGUAUUUGGGCUAUCGAAUUUGCCAUCCAACACCCCGAGUCCGAGGUCAUCGGGACAGACUUAAGCCCUAUCCAACCCCAAUACCUACCCCCCAACUGCAAAUUCGAAAUCGACGACGCCGAAGACGAAUGGACCUUCAGCGCCCCCUUCGACUUCAUCCACGGCCGCGCGCUCAUGAGCUGCUUCAACGACCCCCGCGCCGUCGUGCUCCAAGCCUUCGCCAGCCUCCGCCCCGGCGGCACCAUGGAGUGGCAGGACGCGCUGUUCCCCAUGAGCUACGUGGGCGAACCGCCGACCGCCGCCACCUCGGCGCUGUGCCGCUGGAACGAGCUCAUGCUCGAGGGCGUGUCGCGGCUCGGCAGGUCGUGGAGCAACGCGCAGCACUACAAGCGGUACUUCGAGGAGGCCGGGUUCGAGGACGUGGUGGAGAGGCGGUUCUACUGGCCCACGAGCCCGUGGGCGAAGGGCGCGUAUUUCAAGACGGUCGCGGCGUACUUCCAGGCGGACAUGCUGGCGGGGCUGGAGGCGAUGAGCUUGAAGGUGCUGGGGGUCCUCGGCAUGACGCCGAUGGAGGUGAGGGAGUUUGUGGAGGAGGUGAAGAGGGAUUUUAGGGAUACGAGUGUGCAUGCGUAUUUGACUGUGACUUAUAUAUAUGGACGGAAGCCGCAAAAUCCGCGGUAGCGAUGAUGAGCAAUAUUCGGACAUGGUGUUUCAAAAAAGGGGGGACAGAGAUCUUCUAACAUAUGGAUUAGAGGGACGACUGGUAGCUACCUACUUAGGCAUCUAGUA